AUGGGGCGGGGUGACUUCCCAAUUCUCGUGCAGCAAUGGCUUCACAGCUGCGCCGAAUGCUAUAGGUCGAGCAGUCUAUACCACAGAAACCUCGGAUUUUUUGCCCUUGGUAUCGCCGGAGGCAGUGUAUGGGGCAGCUACAAGCGGAAGGAGCAUGUGUCAAGGAAUUCAGAUUGCUCGUUGGUCCAUCUUAUGUUUUAUGACAUGCCACCCACAGCUGCAGAGCAAAUCCAAGGCAAGAACACGUCCAAACAAAAUAAUUGUGACUCUCAGAUGCUCUAUUCUCAAAGGAGACGGCCAUUCGAAAAGUUAUGGGGGGAGACGGCUAGGCUGCUGCAGCGCCAGCCUGGAUAUACAUAUACCCUAAUGUUUCGUAGAGUGCCGUUUGCUGAGGCGGAUCAAGGCAUCGAGCAGAAACAGACGACGAACAAGGAAGUGCAGCAGCACACUGGUGGUCGUAGAGGCAUCGGUGCGGGCCUCGAAGUAGCAGUCGAAGAAGCGGUGACCAAGGGGAAUCGACCGAUAUUGGAUUACGUCGAGAUGCGCGUAUGGGAAAGUGAGGGCCAGCAGCAAAAUGCGUGCAAGCUGCAGUUGCCUGUUCAGCAGAAGAUGUGUGAGCUUGGAGUUGAAAUGUAUGGGGGUCCUUACAGGCGUGUCUUUGACGAUGCACUUGUUCGCCUUAUCCACGUUAGGGCUGCAGCUCAUCAUGUACUUGCUCCAGAGGUAUCAACUGCUUCCAUGGAUAAUAGACAAGGACAACAUUCCUUCGUUCAAACCAAUAACUUUGGCUUUGUUGAGCUUUUCAAGAAGCUGUUCGGGGGGAAGAGACAAGAGCAGGAUGCCGCACCCACGACGUCAGAGCAGAACAGAAGCUCAUGGCAGGAGGAAGAAAGGCACUCCGAAUUUGCGUUUUGCGCGGAUGUCGGCUUUCGCGGCCUCCAUCCUGAGGAAGGUGGCGAGGAAACCGCGUGUUGGAGUCGUUGUGGCCGGGUUUGUGAAGGUGCAAUGUACCUUGCUGAGGACGCCCUAUCGGAGUGGAGGCUCAUUCCCAUGGCCACCAGGACAAAGCCAUGCAAGACUCUUGCAAAAAAGUCUGCAGUUCAGAUCCUCUGCAAGGCUAUAAAGAAGCCCACAACCUACGACAUUACUAAUGUUGUGAAGCAAGAGAUGACCUUUGAUAUUGAGGCGCAGCAGCAAGAACAGUUGCAUCAACUGCAAGGGCAGCAGAUGCUGAUGCAGCCACAAGCGGCUGCGCUGCCUACCGAGGGAACAGUUAUUCCUGGAUACCUUGCAGAGGUGGCACAGUCAAUGCCUGACACAUAUGUAGCAGCCACCCAUGCUAGAGGAAGAAGCGGGUUUCCACGCUGGGCUCUCUACCUCAUCAUUGCAGGGAUUGCAGUGAUAUGUAUUUUCCUCUUGUGUUGCUGCAUUUGUUGCUGCCGGCGCUAG